AUGGAAUCGACAUUAAAUAACGUAUUCAUUAUUGAGGACAUUUCAAAUGGUCUUGAACCAUCCCCCGUUAGCUUGGUAUAUAAUGAUGAUAAAGAACUUGAAGAAUUAAAUGUACAUCAAAAGUACGUUGUACAUUGCGUAAUACCUUCACUUGGGAACGAAAUUGUGACAAGUGAAGAGUUAUCGUCAUAUUAUGAUGGUUGUGAUUGUGCAGAUAAUUGUAUAUCGGAAAAUUGUGGAUGUAAAUCAACUCAUGGUUAUAGAUACUUUUAUACAUCACAACUUUCAAAUCAACGAGGUCUCAACUUAAAUUUUCUCGUACCCACAUCGAUCUUCGAAUGUAAUUCAUCAUGUAUAUGCACUCCAACAGUAUGUCCAAAUCGUAUAGUUCAACAUGGAAUCAAUAUUCCAUUGCAGGUUUUCAAAACUAGGGAUGGACGUGAUUGGGGAUUACGUACAUUACAAAAGAUAUAUAAAGGGCUGUUUGUUUGUGAGUAUGCGGGUGAAAUAAUUAAGACCGAAGAGGCUAAACGAAGAUGGGAAGAAAUGAAGAAUAAUGCGAUGGCUCGAAAUUACGUGUUGUGCUUGAAAGAACAUGUGGAUAUCGAAAUAGGAGAAGAAUUGACAUUUGAUUAUUCCGGAGCCGAUUGUCACAACGGACAGUUGGAAAGCGGGGCGAUGAUAGAUGGUAUUGAGGGUGAAAAGGGAAUGAAAAAAUGUUUAUGCGGAAGUGAGAUUUGUAAAGGCAUGCUACCCUUUGAUCAAA